UCUUCCUUGCUCUUGAAGCAACUUUAUUUUCAUUUAUCUUGCUUUUCUGGUUGCUAUUUGCUUGUUAGUAGCUUGUUAUGACUCUGCAUUGUCACUUGUAUGGCCCCUCCUGCAUGUACCGCAAGGUGGUCAGCGGGAAUGAGAAAUAAAAGUGUAACUUCAAUAUACUGAUGCGCGCGAAUAUUGUGUUCAGCUGCAAAGCCACAUUGAGAAGGACAGCUGUUCAAUAAUAAUGAGGCGCUUUUUCGCAACCAUAAAUAAACUAUACGUUCAGCUCGUUAAACGCGCCGCAGUUUUUUUUAAUUACCGAGGACAGCAGCCACAGCACAAUAUUCAACUCACGCUCACUCUCGUAGGAUGCGCAUCGCCGUUGUCUCGGUUUUGAUCAUCUGUGGUUCCAUGGUAACUACCCAGGACCAUGGUGGUUCGAACUCGUGCAGUAGUGAAGAGAAACCCGCUGGAGAAACUCCGAUUAAGGACACGUUCUGCAAACCUGAACUCACGCAUCCUUCCCAGCUGAACAAGUUGAGGCACUGCCUCUGCGGCACCGGUCACGUGCGCAACGCUUGGGGCAUCUGCAUCACCCUGGAGGAGUGUGAAAUGUGCAAGGCAGAGCCAAACCACGAAUUCAGCAAGUGCGAGACCGCGUGCCCCGCGACUUGCGGCGAACUGGUUCCCUCGUUGUGUACGCUUCAGUGCGUUGUCGGGUGUGCCUGCCCGCCCGGAUACGUGCGUGGCCCCGGCAAGAAAGGAUGUGUGCCCGUAAGCAAGUGCGCACCGUUAUGUCCACCCAACUCAACAUUCGAACUGUGCAAGCAUGGCUGCGAACCACGGUGUGGAAGCCCUCCUCCGCCUGACACCUGCGUGCCGGAAUGCUCCAGGGGUCAAUGCAUAUGUAAACAGGGUUAUGCGGAAGCUUUCAUAUCCGGACAGUCAGCGUGCGUCCCGAGAAAGAAUUGUCCAAAACCAAUAGUUUAGCUCCUAUCUCGAAUACGACAUAAAAAAAAUCUGUGUUAAGGCGCGAAAUAAAUGA